ACCUUUCCUCCAUGAGGGCGGCGGGGUAGGGGGAGUCCUGAACCGGAGGCAGGACCCGACGAACUUCCACACUCGCCACAGGAAAAGUCGGGAAAACACAUCUGUCCCCGCAUGACGCUGUUUGUGUCGGCCAGCGUGUGUCGUUAAAGCCGUAGCGGUGACCGUUAGCGGGCCGGCAGUUUCCCGGAGCGCCGGUGAAGUUGUGGCCGCUGUUGACGGCGGUGUGGUAGCGUCGGGACGCUUUGCCGCUAUGGAGAACAUCCACUGAUCGGAUUUGGAAUUGUUUUUCUUGGAUUUAUCCCUGGUAAACCGAGCCGGUUUCUGUUCCCGCAUAUAUCCCAUUGGCACUGUGGAGUAGGAAUAUCUGGAUGAAAAAAAAAAUGCCUGGGAGAACCAAGUACAACCUCGUAGAUGAUGGGCACGAUCUGAGGAUCCCAUUGCACAACGAGGAAGCAUUCCAGCAUGGGAUCAACUUCGAGGCAAAGUACAUUGGCAGUCUGGAUGUGGCGCGGCCGAGCAGCCGAGUGGAGAUAGUGGCGGCGAUGAGAAGAAUACGGUAUGAGUUCAAGGUGAAAAACAUCAAGAAGAAAAAAGUCCACAUCGUGGUGUCUGUAGAUGGCGUGAAAGUCACCUUGAGGAAAAAGAAGAAAAAGAAUGAGUGGACAUGGGACGAGAGCAAAAUGAUGGUGAUGCAGGAUCCCAUUUACAGGAUCUUCUACGUGUCUCAUGACUCCCAAGAUUUGAAGAUCUUCAGCUACAUUGCCAGAGAUGGACAGAGCAAUGUGUUCCGCUGUAAUGUCUUCAAGUCUAAGAAGAAGAGCCAGGCCAUGCGUAUCGUUCGGACAGUCGGGCAGGCGUUUGAAGUUUGUCACAAACUGAGUCUGCAGCACACGCAGCAGAACACUGAUGGACAGGACGACCACCACAGCGACAAGAACAGCAAUGACUCCUCGGUCACAGGUGUGCGUGCUUAUCCACCUGUGUGUGUAUGUACUUUCCUGGGCUCAGCUCGGGAGCUAACAGGUGCAGAGAAGACGCCGACCGUCGCUGAAGAGACCGACAUUGAUGCCGAGGAAGUGAACCAGGCGCUAGCAGCAGAGGAUCUGAACCUCAACAGAGGAGUGACUGACCUGGACGCCACAGCUAAGACAACAGAUGUGAACCUCUCAGAAAACAAGCAGCCUUCAGAGGAGGCUUCCCUGCUGGUGUCCAGCCCCAAGAUGCUGCUCCCAGCAUCAGGCAUACUGCCACCCAGCACCCCGUUGUCUGUGCACCACCAGAUCCAACUGCUCCAGCAACAGCUCCAGCAGCAACAGCAGCAGACACAAGUGGCUGUGGCACAGGUCCAUCUCUUGAAGGACCAGCUGAGUGCGGAGGCCACGGCUCGGCUGGAGGCCCAGGCUCGCGUCCACCAGCUGCUCCUCCAGAACAAAGACCUGCUGCAGCACAUCUCUCUGCUGGUUAAACAGAUCCAGGAACUGGAGACCAAAAUGUCUGGACCAAAUUCCAUGGGUUCCCAGGACAGUUUGUUGGAGAUCACCUUCCGGUCUACAGUACCUCCUGUGAUAUGUGACCCCACGACACCUAAGCCUGACGUGUCAGCCCUCAACCUGCACACAUUUGGCAACGGCGACGGGACCAGCAAUGCCUUCUCAUCAUCCAACGGGACUCUGGGAAGCCCACUAGUUGAUCAAAGUAUGUUUGAGAACUCCAUUGCGCAGCAGCAGAGUCCCCAGACCUCGAGGCCAGGGCCGUCCUCGACCCGGCGCUCCGCGGCGACGACUAAUUCCAACCCGGGGUCCAGCUGCGUGGACUCGCCCUCCUCUGGAGGACAGCAGAGGCUGAAAAAUGCCAUUAACCUGGGCAAAGCAGUCGGGGCAAAGGUCAAUGACUUGCUAAGAAGAAAAGAGCCCAGCAACCUCGGAGACAUUGGGGUCACGGAGGUCAACAAGAAUGUUGGUGCAGUUUGGAGCUGCAUGGAGCAACUCAGUCAGACUGCUGCCAGCAGCCACAUCACCUCCUUUGAAUCCUUCCCUCGGCUGGACCCUCCACCCCCAUCGGGGAAGAAGCGCCUCCCUCGAGCACUGAAGACGACCCAGGACAUGAUGAUCUCCUCUGACCCCGUGGUCUCCUCCCCCGACCCUGUGGAUUCUUCCUCCUUCCCUUCCUCCCCUGAGAAGACAUCCCCCAUCACUCAGGAGGAGAUAAGGAAUGAGGAGGAGCAGCAGCAGGGAAAGGAGGAGGAAAAGAGGUCAUCGGGCCCAGCAGAGAGGAAACCCGGAGCUGAUUCUGAGACAGCUGAGAUCAAUGACAACGUGGAUACAGUGAUAGGUGGAGAAGAGGAUGGCGUAGAAGUGCGAAGUGCUGAUGAAGGCAUGGAUGAACACGUGCUCCAGCUCCAGCUCUCUGUACCAGACCUCAUCAAUAAAGAUCCCCCUCUGGAGUCCAAAGCCAAACAAUGCGACGUCUGGCAGAAGGCGCCGGGGCCGGACUCGCGGCUGGCCUCCACUCCCUGCUCGGGCAAAACUCCCUGCCGCAUCAGCCUGGGCGAGGAUGUCCUGCUGGGGAAUGGCGCCCCCUGUAGCAAAGCCACUGGAGGGAGCGCUGAAGACACGGAGCACCAUCCAGACCUGCUGUCGUUUGAGUAACACACAGAGCUGGGGCCAAAUAACCAGUUCAGUAGAUUUCAAAAAGCAUUUGAAGUUUUUCUCUUAGUGUCCAUCCCAGAAACGUGUGUGGAGGUAAUUCAAACAGACUGCAGCGAGUACUGCAAAUCAAAAAUUCACUGCCACUUUUCAGUUUUUCAACUCGACCUUCUCUGGGCUUUACUUUAGGAAAAGGGAACACAUACUUCAGGACCGAGGGCUCUUUAUCAUUUUUUUAAUCUGAUUUCUGGAUGUGGGAUUAGCUGAAAGGUCACGGUUAUUACGCCUUGCUUUCUAACACGGCUGAUCUUAAUGAAUGAAAACAAAAACUGACCAGCAUGAGACAAUUAAUGAGCAGCAACAGAGGAAAUAAGCGGGACUCUUUUAUGUGCAGUUUUUUAAUGCUUCUGAUUUAUUCCCUGUGUAUUUCUUAUGUAUAUCAGGUGUCUAACAUAUCAUGUCUUCCUCAGUAAUGUAAUGAUGAUGUAACAAUGAAUGUUUUAAGUGAGAUGAAAUAUCCUUUAAAUGGGCUAAAAUGUUACAGGAAGUUAUUGGCAAGUGUAACCACAAACAUUAAAUUUUAUAUUAUUUUAUCAGUAUUAAGAUAAAACACUAUUGUAUUUAGCACCACAAUAUUUUCGCUCUAUUUAAAGGGACAUUUCAUUGCAUUUUUGGUAUAAAUCAUAUAAACGCUGCUGCAGCUCAAAGUUAUACAGCAAUAUAAUGUACAUUUAGACUCAUUUAACAUAACACUCAAGUGUUAGGAGUUAGGCGCAGGCUCGGGAAAAGGAGACGGAAGUGAGGGGUGGAGAGGCGGGAAGGAUGUGAAUGUGUAAGAUGGAAAAGGUUAGCGAGAAAUUUCCUUUCAGUUCAGUCGAUAUGAAAUGUCACGCAGCACUUUCUACUGCAGCAGGGGGAAGCUUUUUGACCCUCAGCUUCACCCUGAAGAAAUGAUCCCUGUUCGUUCUUGAGCCAACCUGGAACAGAGCUUCCUCCAAAAUGGAUCUUUGGAACACACUUAAACUUUCGUUUCAGUUAUAUUUAUAUAGCGCCAAAUCACAACAACACCUCACCUCAAUGCACUUUUUCUUGUAAGGUGAAGACCCUACAAUUAUAGAGAGAAAUCCUAACAGUCUGACGACAUCCAAUGAGCAAGCACUUGGUGAAAGUGAGAAGGAAAAACUCCCUUUUAACAGGAAGCAACCUCCGGCAGAACCAAGCUCGGGGAGGAGCAGGGGCGAAAACCCAAACCAACAUGGCCCUGUGUAAAAAAGCGUUCGCCCCCUAAACCUAAUAACUGGUUGGGCCACCCUUUGCAACAACAACUGUAAUUAAGCGUUUGCAAUUCCUGGCAAUGAGUCUUUUACAGCUCUGUGGAGGAAUUUUGAACCAUUCAUCUUUGCAGAAUUGUUGUAACUCAGCAACUAUUUGCACCAUAAAGAUUUGUUUGCCUGGAAAGUGAACUGAUGGAGCUGUGCGUUUGGAUCCAGGCUCAUAAUUUGACCAUAACUGAAACACCAAUAUGAUAAAGAUUUCCAAAAUCAUCUUCCCGCUGUGGCUGAACUGAAAGCGAAUUCCAGUGACCUCUUUAAAAACACUGAUGGAGAGUCGAAAGAGAGACGGGUGGAUGGACGGGCAGCUUUUGGAGGGAGGGCUGCUGGAAAGUUGUGUCUGAGCUGAGGAGGAGCAGGAUAAUUAGCUGUCGGCAGAAAGAGAUGAAAGAGGUGCGUUUUUAUUCGAGCAGAUCAUUAAGUGACAGACCAAAGACAGAAGCGAUUGGCUCCGUCAGACAUGCUGUUUUUUGUCACAUUAUUUUAGUGAGAAAGCAGGAGCAAAGAUUUCUGCAGAAGAGAUUCUCUCUCAUUUACUUUCACUUCAUCGACUCUGAAAAACAAAAAAAAACCCAAAGCCUGUGUAUUAAUACCUCUGUCGUAGCAGUUCACAUGCUCAUUUGAAACUUUCCGAAUCAGAAAGGGUUUUUUUUAUCACUGUAAGAGCAGCACAAUCAAGUUGCCAUGGUUAUUGUAGCACAAGCAAAGCUGUAUUUUUAUAACACUACUGUGUGAGCAUCUGUUCUGCAGAUCUGUGCGAGUGGAUUAAAGUGGACUUUUGAACUGUGGAAAGUGAACACAAAGAUCCCAAUGCCCACACACUGAGAAGAACCCAUUUUCUGCGAGUGGCCUCAGUGAGUGACCUGCUGUCCUUGUAGGGAUACACUGACCUUAGAAAAUAUCAAAGAGCUCCCAGAGGACAGCGAGACAGAGGCACAGCCACCGCUAGUCGUGGUCAGGUCGUGCCCGGCAGAAUGAGAGGAAUGUUGGAGCUGAAGUGAGACAGAUAAAGGAAGCUUUGUCUCAGUCUGUCUCUCUCUGACUUGGUCUUACUUACUACCAUCCACCACCACAAUAAAGCAGCUAAUGUCUCCCAUUAAAGAGUUAUUUCACCCAAGUAACAAAACAUAACUGUCCCAUUAGCUUUAGUGAGCAAUCUGCAGGAUACUGUGGAGAUUUUCUGCUGUUUUCAGCACCCAGAGCAAUGCUAAUGAAGUGAGAGUGGCAGAUGUGACAGGUAGAAAUGAAAAGCAGCUUUUUUUUAAAAAAUGUGUAAACUGACCCUUUUAGGUAGAUGCAAGAGUGAAAAAAUAUCAUUUACUAUUACGAAAAAACAUAACUACUGACAAACACUGUUGUACGGUAUGAGCAGGGAAAAUAUAAACACCAUUAUUAAAAUGGGAUUCUUAAACCAAAGCAGUUUGUUAAAGAGGAUAGCUUAGACUUCACACUGCUCUAAGCACUCUGUAUGAUGUCAGUUAGUGGGGAUAUUCCUAAUAUGGUCAUUUAACCUCUUAAGCCCCAACGCCCCCUGAUAUGGGGGCAAAAGGCAGGAGAUCAGUUAGGCUUGGGGCUUAAGAGGUCAAGUCCCACCCACCUACUGUACAAACUUACUGUUUGUGAGAGGAAACCAGUCAGAAAGAAUGUGGCUUAAAGUGAGGGGAGGGCUUGUUUUUAACAGUGUUUGGUCUGACGAGCUGCACCAGUAUGAGGUAAAUAAGGAUUUUCUUGAACAGCAAAUAUUACAAAACCUCUAACGUAGAUUCCAAGAAUAUAAAUCUGUUGUAUGAAACAUGAGCAGAAGCCCUGCCCACUUUAAAUGGCUCAGAAAAACUGAAAUCUGUCAAGUAACGACCAAAACUGAUUUUUUUUUUUUCAUGUUUAUGUAGAGCUCAUCAGUCCCUAAACGAAACAAAAACCACCCUAAAAUAAAAAUUGUACCUUGUAGCCUGUCGGUCGAUGAUAAGCCAAGUGUCUCUCAGCACGGAGAUAAUUGCUUCACACGUGGAUGAACCACUUAUCUGAGAGGCUUUGAUUUGAUCUAACAAACACGGAGGAACGGGUUGAUAACAGCCACUCGGAUAGAGUCAGAAGGUAAAAGCAAUGCAACGCGAUCAUUAGUUCAGAGAAUACAUGGAGCAGCUUUACGAAUACACAAACACUAAAAAGCUGAUGAAGGAGGAACAGUGUACAUUUUAUGGAAAUGUUGUAAGGCUAUUUUUGCAAAUUCUGUGAAAACGCUAAUCACUUUGUUGCUCUAACAAAUGAAGGAAAGAGAUUUAUUUUGAUAUAUAGUCAGAGGCAAUCUGCGUUAUUUAGCUGCUGCAGAGUUUGAUAAAUGGAGAGGGAGAAAAUGACCACACUUUGUCUGUGAUGUCAUGUCUUGCUUUUGUCUUUUCAACGCUGGUCGACAUGAUUUCAGCAGACAUGAUGAAUGAAGGAAGCUGAGUGCUGCACAUGGAGGCUUUUUCAAAACAAGCCCGAAGAAGACUGGGACCUUUUAGCAAUUCUACUUUAACUGUUGCAGAUUAUGUGACUCUGUCUCUUUUUUUUAUAAUGAAAAAUCAAAAUGAUUCCGUAAUUUGUUGCCUUUUAUCCUCCUAAUGUAGUUUUUUUUCUAAAGUGGGGAAAUAAUUCCUCCAAUGGCUGUAAUCUUCUGCUAAAACAAAUCUGAAAAUAGACUUAAUCAUGAAUCUCUU